CAGGACGGCAUCCGGCAGGCGGCGGCAAUGGCAAGGCGGGGUCUGAGACGCCAGACCCGGUGCCGGAAGAGCUUGUGGAGGAGCUCGAGGGGAAGAUGCACGAGCUGGCCAGCAAGGGGGACUACGUGGCGGCGGCCGCCGUGCGCGACGAGCUCUGCGCGGCGCAGUUCGACGACGAGGUCCAUGUGCUGAGCGCAAACGCCGAGCUCUAUUCGGCAUUUUCGGCCAGGGACAUCGACCGCAUCAAGGCGCUGUGGCUCCAGGCCUCGUACGUGCAGUGCAUCCACCCUUACGACCAGCAGAAGCCCGCCUCAGGCUACAGCGAGGUGUGCGGCUCAUGGAGGCGGCUGUUCGACCAGGGGAGGCUCCAGAGGUCCGUCGUGUCCGCGGAGAACGUCCGCGUGAACGUGCGGGGGGCCACCGCCACCGUGUCGUGUGUGGAGCAGGUCUCCUCCAGAAAGGCAAGGAGGCCACAGAACAAGAUGCUGGCCACGAACGUGUUCCGGAAGGUCCAGGGCCGGUGGCUGCUGAUACACCGCCACGUGAGCCACGCGACCGGGGUGGGCGCGUUCGAGGUGCCCACCAUGGCGGAGGACGCAGACGACCCGGAGG